AUGGUCUCGGUGGCAGUCAGUCAGCAAGUGUUAAAUCUAAGUACUGUCGAGUGGACACUUACCAGUCCUAACUUUUCGUACAUUUCAGUGCCUGGAAAGGUACCAUCACAAGUGCAUCUGGACCUACGGGAGGCGCAGGUCAUUGGUGAUCCGCUGUACGCUUUGAAUGAAUUCAAUCUGCGGUGGAUAGCGUAUUCAAAUUGGACUUACACAUCAGCACCUUUAGACCUGCAAAAGAACGCAAGUUCUACCUGGCUUGUGUUCAACGGCCUCGACACGUUCACUAGCAUCGAAUUCUGUGGCCAACAUGUUGCAGCAACCAACAAUCAGUUCAGGCAAUACUACUUCGACGUCUCAGCUUUCUUACAAUCCUGCGACAGCCCAAUCUUGAGCAUCAACUUCGGAAGUGCUCCGAUCAUUGCGAAUGCCACACGAGCAAUCCCAGGCCAAGAGACCUGGCCAUUCGGCGUACAACAACUAUACGAGUUCCCCAACAGAGAAUACAUCCGCAAGGAGCAGAGUGACUUUGGGUGGGAUUGGGGUCCUGCAUUUGCCCCCGCCGGCAUAUGGUUGCCAGCUUAUGUGGUACAGUUACCGCGACAGAAUGUGUACGUACGCAACACGCUUGUGGAUAUCUAUCGCGAGGGACAGCACAACUUCUAUGCCCCAGAUCAAAGCAAGGACUGGGUUUUGAAUGCUAGCGUCGACUACCUUGGAUCGCUACCUUCCGGAGCCAACGUACAGUAUACCAUAUCGGGCGCGAGCGGGGACUUGCUGGCCGGAUCUCUUUCCAACGUUACGUCCGAGGCUGGAAGACUUACAGGUAGCACAUCAGUGCCAGACGGUGCGGUAGAGCUUUGGUGGCCAGUAGGCAUGGGCCGACAACAGCUAUACAAUCUGACCUUGAACGUGGUGGAUAGCAGCAACACGACGGUGGUAACUGUAACUAAGCGGAUUGGAUUCCGUACGAUCUUCAACAAUCAGACGCCGAUAUCUCAGGAGCAAUUAGAUCUCGGAGUCGCUCCGGGUGGCAACUGGCACUUUGAGAUCAAUGGACACGAGUUCUACGCGAAAGGUUCUAAUUUUAUUCCGCCUGAUGUAUUCUGGCCUACCGUCACGGAAGACCGGUUGCGUCAGUUGUUUGAUAGUGUGGUCGAUGGGAACCAGAACAUGCUGCGUGUCUGGUCAUCAGGAGCGUACUCGCCCGAUUUUAUGUACGAUCUUGCGGACGAGAUGGGCAUCCUGUUAUGGAGUGAGUUCGAGUUCGGCUGUGCGUUGUACCCAGUCAACGAGGAGUUCUUAGAGAAUGUGGCACACGAAGUGGAGUAUCAAGUCCGCCGAGUGAACCAUCACCCCUCACUUGCGUACUGGGCAGGAGGCAACGAGCUUGAAAACUUGGAACUUCCAACGGUCAACAAGACGGCGCCUAAGGAGUAUCCACGGUAUCUAGCGGAGUACGAGACGCUCUUCCUUGACACCAUUGUGCCGAUCGUCCUUGGCAAUACGAGAAGUAUUUCGUACUCACCGUCGAGCACGACCAAUGGCUGGCAGAGUCUCGACUUUUCCAAAUCUCAGCCGAUCACACAACGUUAUGAGAACCUCACCGAGGGCUCCAUUUAUGGCGACACAGAUUUCUACAAUUACAACUUCAGCCAGCUGGGAAACAUCUCAAGAUAUCCAGUCGGCCGCUUCGCGAACGAAUUCGGCUACCACAGCAUGCCUUCUCUACAGAGCUGGCAACAAGCCGUCGCGCCUGAAGACCUCUCCUUCAACUCGUCCGUCGUCAUGUUGCGCGACCAUCACCCACCGGCAGGAGGCGUAAACACGUCCAACUUCUACAACGCAUCCAUCGGUCAAGGACAGAUGACAAUGGCCGUUCAGGAGUGGUAUCCAGUCCCGCAAAAGACCGACUCUCUGGCAAACUUCUCAGCCUGGUGUCACUCUACCCAAAUCUUCCAAGCCGAAUUUUACAAGUUCCAAAUCGAAUUUUACCGCCGAGGAAGUGCGCUUCCAGAGCGCCAGCUCGGUUCGCUGUACUGGCAGCUCGAGGACCAGUGGCAAGCACCUACAUGGGCGGGUAUAGAAUAUGACGGCAGGUGGAAAGUGCUACACUACGUUGCGAAAGACAUCUACAAGCCUGUCGUCAUUUCCGCAUAUCGCAACGUGACCAACAACGACUUCGAAAUCUGGGCCAUCUCAGAUCUGUGGUCUCCUAUCUCAGCGUCAGUCAACCUAACGUGGUACGAUUGGUCUGGGAACAAACUCAACAUCAGCAUGGAUGCAGCAGCAAACGUGUCCAUCGGUGCAAUAAACGGGACGAAGAUCCUCGGGUCAAAUCUUGAUACGAUUCUCCAAGGUCAGGAUGCCACGAAUGCAAUUCUUCGCAUGGACGUAUCAGCGCAAGGCCCGCUGCCGAACUCGAAUACGACGCAGAUUUUCACGCACUCAAAUUGGUUCCAUCCUGCACCGCUCUCUCAGUCUAACAUUACUGAUCCUGGGCUCGAGCUGAGUCAGGACAAUGAUGCUUUCAAGGUCAAGGCGACGAGUGGAGUCGCGGCAUUCGUAUGGCUAGAUUAUCCUGGUGGCACGGUCCUAAGCUUUGAAGACAAUGGGUUCUGGCUCGCGAAGGGAGAGGAGAAAGAAAUGGGGUACAAAGUGAAGAGUGAUACUACGGGAGGGAAGUGGAAGAAUGCGGUGACUGUGAGGAGCUUGUGGAAUAACACGCUGUCUGAGGGGUACUGA